AAGUUAAAUUUCUGACCGUGCAUCGCACGGGUACGAAUCUAGUUAUAUUAAGACAGAGAUGGAUUGGGAUGGUGGAUGAGAUUAGGGAAGAAUGUCUCUGCUAAUAUACUUGAGAGCUUAUCAGGAAAGCAAAUUUAUAUGGCUUUGGUGUUGGUCUUGGGAAUCAUCAGCUUUCCCAUCUUCAUCCUGCAAACUCCAUGUAUGGAUAUGGAGGAUUGGUUUAGAGAAUCACAAUAAGCAAUUAAAGAAUCUGCGUGAAAGGAAGCCACGCGACCCCGACUCAAUGGCCUCUCUCUUGCUUGAUGGCCACCAAGGCCCCUCGGGGUGGUGUGCCAAUCAUUACCAUUUCUCCGCUGACAACCAUGUUCACCACCUUCUCCUCCAACUUAACAGUGCUCAAUGCCUACAGUUUUCUCUAUGGGAGAGCCUAUUUGGCGUAAUCUGGGGUUGGUGAAACGAUUCAAGAAAGAGCAGAUAUAUUUGAUAAUGCUGCACUAAAUGCUGCUCUCAAUGCGGUUUCUUUUUCAGAUUGGUGUAUUUAGUGCAGUGCCAAUGAUUUUGGGUUUCUUCUUGGAACAAGGAUUCCUGAGAGUAUGUUAUUCAUCUCUUGAUUUUCAGCUGUUAUCAUUUCUUCAAAAUGCCGCUAUUUUUUCAAAAAGUUUCUGUUUUGUAUAAUUGUUAUUCAUUUCUUUGGAAAUAAAUGCCAGAUCAGUGCCUGCCAAUUUUGCGUUUGCCACAAAAAACAUCAACAUUAAACCCAGCCUAAUCCCAACUCCGUUGGGGGGUGUGGGGAGUCAAGAUGUACGUAACCUUACCCUUUAAGAAAGCAGAGGCUGUAUC